AUGGCCGCCGUGGCAUCGCAGCCACCCCAUGGUCAGCAGUACUAUCAACAACAGCCGCCCCAAGCACAACCCUCCGCAAACGCCCGCCGUCAUUCGCGUCGCCCCAGUAAUGGCGCGUCGGCCAGCACGCCAACCACGCCGCAGAAUCACAACUCGCCCGCUGUCUCCAACACGUCGAACAUGACGACGCCGAACAACACUGCGACUGCCUCGGCCGCCAGCGGCCCCAUGCCGCCGCCCAGGACGUCGUCACACGGCACCCCAUCGUCUGGCGCCCCUACAGGAAGCUCUGUACCGGCCGACCGCAUACGCGACGAGUCAUCACAGUCACGCCGACGAACCAAGGAGGGCAGCCCCCGCCAGCAGGGCGCCUCCAGCAGGUCGCAGCCAUCCCACAGUCGUUCCGCCUCGGCAAUUGGCCAGACGCCCGUUGGAACAAACCUUCCCCGCGAGGAAAGCGCCGUCAUUAACCGCAUAGUUGUUUCAGACACACAGGAAGACAUUGCCCGCGCACAAGCACGCCAAGGAGACGGCGUCCAUGUCACGUCUGGCGCCGACCUCACUCCCAUCACCGGCCUCAGCCUGGUUGGCAGCGAGGGCGUCGACGACGGCGGUCGCGGCGCUGGAGGAAAGAGCAGACAGGACCACUCCAAGUCGGAAAAUGCGAAGCGAUCCAAGUUUGGCAACUACAUUCUCGGCCAGACGCUCGGUGAGGGCGAGUUUGGCAAGGUCAAGAUGGGCUGGAAGCGAGACAGCCCCAUCGAGGUUGCUAUCAAGCUGAUACGACGGGAAACACUCGGAAGCAACUCAAACCGGUUGCAGAAGAUUUACCGCGAGAUUCACAUCCUACGAGGCUUGGACCACCCCAACAUUGUGCGUCUGCACGAGAUGGUGGAGACGGAGCGCCACAUUGGCAUUAUUCUAGAGUAUGCUUCAGGUGGAGAAUUGUUCGACUACAUCCUCAACCAUCGUUAUCUCAAGGACGGCCCCGCGCGCAAGCUAUUUUCUCAGCUCAUCUCAGGUGUUGGAUACCUCCACCGCAAAGGCAUUGUGCACAGAGAUCUCAAGCUUGAGAAUCUGUUGCUCGACCGCAACAAGAACAUUAUCAUCACCGAUUUUGGUUUCGCCAACACCUUCGAUCCCAACGACGAGCUCAGCGAAGAGAUCGAGUACAGGCUAGGUGACAAGGACUACAUCAGGUCACUAGGAUUGGAAGGAACCGACGCCGCACGACGGGGCGACCUCAUGCAGACAAGCUGCGGAAGUCCAUGUUAUGCCGCACCCGAGUUGGUUGUCAGUGAUUCACUCUACACCGGCCGAAAGGUCGAUGUCUGGAGUUGUGGUGUCAUUCUGUACGCCAUGUUGGCUGGCUAUCUUCCCUUCGAUGACGACCCAGCGAACCCGGAGGGCGACAAUAUCAAUCUGCUUUACAAGUACAUUGUUUCCACGCCUUUGACGUUUCCCGAAUACGUUACACCACACGCUCGGGAUCUUCUCAAACGCAUCCUUGUACCCGACCCACGCAAACGAGCGGAUCUGUUCGAGGUAGCGCGUCAUAGCUGGCUUGCGGACUACUCGCAUGUUGUUGGAUUCAUUACCUCGAGCAACACCAAUGUGGCAGAAGCCCAGCAAGCUUCUGUGUACUCGAAAGACACAUUCGAGCCACAGCCCGCACUCGCAAGGAGUGCUUCGGUUCGCGAACCCGCAAAGCCACACACAUCUGCCUCUCCUGCUCACGGCGGGCUGCAGACGAAGCGCGAGGCUAUCAACCAGGCCCCUUCAGAAAAGCCAAAGACUACUCGCGACACGAAGCGCCGGACGGUCCAAGUCGAAUAUGUUGCACCGUCGUCCCAAACCACACGUGGCGAGACAUUACCCCCCGCCGAACCGACGUCGAAAGCACGCGGCAAAGAACCAGAAGUGCCACACACCGAUGGCUAUCAAUCCGCUUCAAGCGCCAGACCUCCCCGAUCUUCAGGCGCGACUUACACGUCAACCAGGAGACAGGAGCCUCAACGGUCUGUUUCCGACUACACGGCAUUUGGUAGUGCGCCCCCAUCUGCUACUCGCCCCUCGACGAGUGGCGCUCUGGGUCCCUCAAGAUUACCAUCCCGAGGAAACUCGUACGGACAGCCGUCUGUGGCCACCGUGGCUCAGACGAACGCUGAAGGACGCUUCUCGCAGCCCAAGGGCAAGCAAUACUCCAUCUCGGCACCGUACGCACAACAAGAGCCUUCCGAGGCUGCAGAGCCACCUACUAUUGGCCCGUCCAACUCUCAACGAGUGCAGUCCAUGCAACUUGGGCCACAGGGCGCAAAGAUUUCUCACAGACGGUCCAACACUAUCAACGAGACCCUUGGUCGUAUGACGUCCAUGUUCUCGGGUCGUCAGCCUUCCUACACUCAGGAUCCCAAGGAAUCCUUUACAUCGCAGGGCUCAUACGGUUACCCUGAGGAGAAGAAGCAAAAAAGCUACCCUCCUACUUCCAUGGCAGGGCCCAUGUCCAACGACAAUGUCGCAAUGGCGGCCCCCAGGCAGAGCACCGAAUCAAGCCGCCGAACUUCGUUUGGAUUCUCUCGGAAGAACACGAACGCUGGUGACAACCCCAAGUCUUCUCGUCGUUUCUCACUUCUUCCGUCUUCGCUUUCCAGGACAUUCUCGUCUCAAAGAGAAAGCUUGCCAGCGCAGCCUUCUCAUGAGCGCCGCGGUUCCAGCACUCAUCCUCGCGCUAGUUCGCGUCCUGGCGGUAUGCCUUUUGGCCGCAGUGCGGAAUCCAGGUCUCCUAGUCAGAGCACCCAAGGAAGCAACAUGCCCGGCUUCUACGAUGGCCAGCACGACAGCAACUCGAGGAUCAGGAACCAACAUGUCAAUGCUGCCGGGCCAUCUUCCGCGCCUCCAAACCAGACCCAAUUCAAGGGCUACAACACUUCAGCGCCCGAAUUCGAUGAAAAGUUUCCCAACCCCCGAGAAGCGCAUCCAUCUGCGCAAGGAAACCGACCAUACCGCCACCCCACCGACGACUCGGAGAUGGGUGAAAAUGCCACAGCUGGACAAAUGUCACAAUCUCAGCAGUCCAGCCAAAGGACACCCUCGAACCCCUACCCUCAUGGUAUGGGAGGCGAGGAGCUCAGCCAGCAACAACAGAGAAAGGGCGUUCUCCAGAAGAGCAGACGCUUUGCUGAUGCAUAUGAUGAUCAAGGCAGCAGUAACAAGGGAAGCUCUGGUAGCUCUAAGAAGGUUAUGGAUUUCUUUAGGCGCAUGGGCAAGCAAAGGACAAGCAGCCGAUAACGCAUCCGGCGUUUUGGAGAAGAAUAGUUUUGGCAAUUGCAGCGCAAAGGGCGAGGUUGCUGAUGUGUUGGAUCAUCGUUUGCGAUACAGGUCGCGAACGAGAUAAACGUGUGCAUGGUGUUUUAGAGCGUUCAAGGCGCAUGGAGGGGGCUGUUUUUUCUUCUUCUUUUCUUCUUCGACCUUUUUCUUCAUCUCUCUCUCGUCUCGUGUUCGCUGGAUACCAUAUAUUCAAGCACAUGCAUGCGGCCCUUGUCUCGUAACUCUUUUCUUUUCACACAAACUCUUUCUUUAUUCUGCUCCGCUUCUCUCUCUCUCUCCCAUGACCAGCAGCAGCAGCGUGGCGAUGCUGAGGUAAUAUUGCAUUAGCAGGCGUUGUCUAUUUUGAACAAGGGCACAAGCUUGAGUGUGGGUUUCUUGUGCCUUGUAAUCUUUUACCUCCCUCCCUCUCUCCUCCUCUCUCCUCUUGUUUCCGGGGAGAUUUAACUGGGGAACCUUAGCUCCUCUUUAGUCUAGCUAGUAGUAGUGUAGUGUAGUGUAUACAAGGAUGAGUGGUCGGUGAAUGGACAUGUUUUGGUCGAGGGA